AUGCUGCACUUCAACGUGGCGCACUAUCUGCUGCGAGUGGAGCCGUACACGUCUCUCGCGCUGGCCCUGCAGGGCGGGCAGUUUGACCACCCCGACCGCCUCUUCCUGGACGUGGCUGCCACGUGGCGGGGAGUCACCUCCGACAUGAGCGAUGUCAAGGAGCUGGUGAGCCAUGUCAAGGAGCUGGUGAGCCAUGUCAAGGAGCUGGUGAGCCAUGUCAAGGAGCUGGUGAGCCAUGUCGAGGAGCUGGUGAGCCAUGUCAAGGAGCUGGUGAGCCAUGUCAAGGAGCUGGUGAGCCAUGUCAAGGAGCUGGUGAGCCAUGUCAAGGAGCUGGUGAGCCAUGUCAAGGAGCUGAUACCGGAGUGGUUCUGUCUACCGGAGAUGUUCACCAACAUCAACGGGCUGCACCUCGGCUCCACGCAGAAGGGCCACGUCAUCGGUGACGUGAAGCUGCCGCCCUGGGCGAGCAGUGCGGCGGACUUUGUGCGCAAGCAGCGGGCGGCACUGGAGAGCGAGUAUGUGAGCAGCAACCUGCACCAUUGGAUCGACCUCAUCUUCGGGUACAAGCAGAAGGGCAGGGAGGCACUGGCGGCGCACAACGUGUUCUUCUACGUCACGUAUGAGGGCGCGGUUGACAUCGACUCCAUCACCAACCCCAUCGUGAGGAGGGGCAUGCAGGAUCAGAUUUCCUACUUCGGCCAGACGCCCUCGCAGCUGCUGACGACAGCGCACCCGCGGCGCAUACCGCUGGACUACGCGCUGCACCUCCACACCGUCUUCCGCAAGCCCGAUGAGAUCCUGCCCUACGUGCUGCCAAGCCCCGACACCCUCAAUGUCCCCGCCAGCCGCAUCGUCGCCACCUCAGACGCCAUCGUCACCGUUGAUCUCAAUGCUCCUGCUUGCCACGUGGCGGUGCACCAGUGGCAGCCGAACACCCCGGACGGCCACGGCUGGCCGUUUUUGUUCCAGCCCGGGCGGUCUUCGCUGACAGGUAGUGCCAUUCUGCGGAUGCUGACGGGGGCGGCGCUGGGCGGCAAGGGCAGCAACAGCGAGACAUCCCUCUAUCCGCGCCUCGUGGCCCUCCCUGCUCCGGGGAUAAAGCACACGUCAACAGCAGCAGGCGCGGUUGGAGGGGGAGGGGAAGGAGGAUCCGGUGGGGGAAAGGAGAUCAUAGCGAUUUCCCCGGACGGCAAGUUUGUGUUCACGGGCGGGCACGUGGACUUCUCUGUGAAGCUCGUGUCAGUGGACUCCACUCGCGUGCUGGAGACCGCUGCUGUGCAUGGCGGCCCCGUGACCUGCGUGGCUCUCUCCCCUGAUGGCGCCACUCUCGCCACCGGCGCCACGGAUGGUGUGGUGCUGCUGUGGCGAGUCAACCACGGCACCGCGCCCUUCCCUUCCUCCCCUGCCGCCGGGGUCACGGCUGGCCUUGUGGCUGCUGGCGCGGGGGCGGGGGGGCGUGUGGCCAGGCGCAGCACUGCAGCACCCACGGGCCCGCACGACCCAGCUCUGGCUGCUGCCGCUGCAGCGGUGUCGGCUAGCGAGCAACGAGCAGGCAGCAUGGCCGUAGGAGGAGCGGAUUACCCCGAGCGGGGAGGCGGGGGUGGCAUGUCGGACGCGGCACUGCUGCUGAGCGCAGCAGGGGGCAUGGGCGGGGGGGGGGGGCUGGAGGCACCGAGGAAGUGGAGGCGGAUGGAAGGACCCGUGCAGGUGCUGCGCGGCCACUUAGACACCAUCCUCUGCUGCGCCGUGUCCUCGGAUCUCGACCUCGUUGCCUCCUCCUCCCGCUCCCGCGGUGUGCUCCUCCAUUCCCUCAUGAAGGGCCACUUCCUGCGCCACCUGCCGGGGGUGGGGCCGGCGGACCUGCUGGCCAUCUCCCCGGAAGGGGUGGUGGUGGUGUGGGAGCGGCGGCAGCGGGCGCUGCGAGCGUUCACGAUCAACGGAGCGGCGGUGGCAGGGGUGAGGAUCUCGGAGGAGGACGGCGAUGUGAGCAGCGUGCAGGUGUCGAGCAACGGGCUGUUUGUGGCCGUGGGGACGGACUGCAGCCGCUGGCGGCAUGUGCGGGAGAAGGAAAGGCAGAAGGAGAGGGAGCGCGCUGCUGUGAUUGCCGGGGAGAAGGCGCUGUGUCGCUUCAAGCUGCCAGAGGGCACGGACGUGACAGCGCUGGCGCUCUCAGCGGACAACACCAACCUGCUCUGCUCCACCUCCGCUCACCUCGCCCCCGGCCAACUCAUCCUCUACAGCAACCCCCUGCUGAGUGUGAAGAUGGUGGAUCAGAUGCUGCGCCUGGGCUGGGAGGGCAGCGAGUUCGCCAGCAUCUUCUGA